AUGUCAAGUCCUACGAGAAACCCCAGGAAGAGACAGGCUGAUGAUGACGAUGAAAUGAUCAGUGAUCAUUCAUCUCCUAUUCCUUCAAGUCCACCAAUUGCUUCAUCCCCAGCAAUGCCAUUUGAAGACGAAGAUGAAAUCCACGAUGAGAUUGAAGAUUUACCUAGUGAUGAAGAUGAAGGUGAUGAUUUAAUGGCUAACAUGGAAGAUGAUUAUGCUGUAAAUCCUGAUAAAGAUACUUAUGAUAUUUCCAAUAUCGACGAUGAUGAGUAUGAAGAAAUGGAUGCUGCCACCAGAAGAAGAAUUGAUGCUCAAUUAGAUAAACGUGAUGAAUUACUCAAAGGUGGUAAAGACGAGAUUUUCUUGGAUGACGAUGAUAAUGGUGAAGUUAAUGAAUAUGGUUUGCCAGUCCAAAGAAGAAGAACACGUUAUGAAGAUGGUGAAAACAUCGAUAUGGAAGAUUUAGAAAUCGAUCCUUUCAAUGAAGAAUUGAGUUUGGAAAGUUUGAGUGAUAUCAAAGCUAGUAGUAUCACCGAAUGGAUUUUACAACCUGCUGUUUCCAGAUCUAUUGCUAGAGAGUUGAAGACAUUUUUGUUGGAAUUUACUGACGAUAAAGGUAAAUCGGUUUAUGGUGCGAGAAUUAGAUCUUUAGGUGAAAUUAACAGUGAAUCUUUAGAAGUUUCAUAUGAUCAUUUGACUGAAUCUAAAGCUAUUUUAGCAUUGUUCUUAGCCACUUCACCUAUGGAAAUGUUGAAAAUUUUCGAUAUUGUUGCCAUGGAAGCCACUGAAUUACAUUAUCCUAAUUAUUCUCAAAUUCAUCAGGAAAUCCACGUUAGAAUUAUAAAUUUCCCAAAUUUAAUCAGUUUAAGAGAUUUGAGAGAAACAAAUUUGAACAACUUAGUCAAAAUCAAAGGUGUGGUUACGAGACGUACAGGUGUUUUCCCUCAAUUGAAAUAUGUUAAAUUUGAUUGUCUUAAAUGUGGAGCUGUUUUGGGUCCAUUUAUUCAAGAAUCUCAUACUGAAGUGAAAAUUUCUUUCUGUACUAAUUGUCAAGGUAGAGGACCUUUAAGAAUUAACAGUGAUAAGACUUUAUAUAGAAAUUAUCAAAGAAUCACCUUACAAGAAUCACCUGGUUCAGUUCCAGCUGGUAGAUUACCAAGACACAGAGAAAUCAUUUUAUUGAGUGACUUAGUGGAUGUAGCUAAACCUGGUGAAGAAAUCGAAGUUACAGGUAUCUAUAAGAAUAAUUAUGAUGGUACUUUGAAUGUUAAGACCGGGUUCCCAGUUUUCGCUACUAUCAUUGAAGCAAACUCUAUUGCUAAAAAAGAAUUAUCCAAUUCAAAUGUCAAUAGUUUCACAGAAGAAGAAGAAAGAGAAUUCAGAAAGUUAAGUCAAACUAAAGGUAUUAUUGAUAAGAUCAUUCAAUCAAUGGCUCCUUCUAUCUAUGGACAUAAAGAUAUCAAAACUGCCGUUGCAGUAUCAUUAUUUGGAGGUGUUCCAAAAGAUGUUAAUGGUAAACAUUCCAUUAGAGGUGAUAUUAAUGUGUUAUUAUUGGGGGAUCCUGGUACUGCCAAAUCCCAAAUUUUAAAAUAUGUGGAAAAAACUGCCAAUAGAGCUGUUUUCGCUACAGGUCAAGGGGCUUCGGCUGUUGGGUUAACAGCUUCCGUCAGAAGAGAUCCUUUGACCAGUGAAUGGACUUUAGAAGGUGGAGCUUUAGUUUUAGCUGAUAAAGGUACUUGUCUUAUUGAUGAAUUCGAUAAAAUGAAUGAUCAAGAUAGAACAUCUAUUCAUGAAGCUAUGGAACAACAAAGUAUUUCUAUUUCCAAAGCUGGUAUUGUUACCACUUUACAAGCCAGAUGUGCCAUUGUAGCAGCUGCCAAUCCAAAUGGUGGUAAAUAUAACAGUACUUUAACAUUAACACAAAAUGUUGAUUUGACUGAACCUAUUUUAUCACGUUUCGACAUUUUAUGUGUGGUUAGAGAUUUAGUUAACGAAGAACUGGAUGAAAGAUUAGCUGGGUUUGUUAUAGAUUCUCAUAUGAGAUCCCAUCCAGAAACUUCCGUUGAUGGUGAUGAUAUGGAAGAUGAACCAGAAACUCCUUCAAGAAGAGAUAUCAACAAAUCAAAGGAACAAGAAAUAUCUCCUAUUGAUCAAGAAACUUUAAGUAAGUAUAUUGCCUAUGCUAGAGCUAAGAUACAUCCAAAGUUACAUCAAAUGGAUAUGGAUAAAGUUGCUAAAGUUUAUGCUGAUUUAAGAAGGGAAAGUAUUGCUACCGAAUCAUUCCCUAUCACAGUUCGUCACUUAGAAAGUAUAUUGAGAAUUUCUGAAGCUUUUGCUAAAAUGAGAUUAUCAGAUUUCGUAUCACAGAAUGAUUUAAAUAGAGCUAUAAAGGUAAGUAUUGAUAGUUUUGUUGGAGCUCAAAAGGUUACUGUUCGUAAACAAUUACAAAGACUGUUUAUGAAAUAUACCUUACCAAGGAGGUCAAAUUAG